AUGAAAUAUUCUACAAUAUUUAUUUCUACAUUUUUUAUUCUUUAUUUUUCUUCUUAUAUUGAAGGAUGUACCAAUUAUCCAAAUGGAACUGAAACAAAACUUCAUUGGUUUGAAAUGACUGAUUAUCGUUUUAAAAUUUAUAACUUUCAAUUAUCACCUUUAAAUGGAACUUAUAAAUACCCUAUUAAUCUUUCAAAUGGAUAUAAAAUUGAAUUAUCUUUAAACAAUACAGGUAGUGAAACAUCUGAUUUUAAUCUUGAUACAUAUAUAUUUCAAUGGGUUGGAAAUAAUAAUUGUAAUUGGUUCCAAAUACCUACAUAUCAUAUUAUAAAUACAAAAAAUUUAUGUAAUGGUUCUACAACAUGUCCUGUUAAAGAAGGAAAUAGUAAAAUUUCAUUUAAUUUAGAUCUUACAAACUAUCCGUCAAUAACAAAUCUUCUUAAAACAGAUGCUUCAUAUCAAUUUGUUUUUGCUUUAUAUUCUAAUGUUAACUUUCAAUCUUCAACUGUUGCAUUACAAAUACGAGGUGGAAAACAGUAG